GCAGGAAACAGAUUUAUUUCAGUGGAGUUAAUGAAAAAGAGGGUCACCACUGAAAAAUCUUCAAGGUUGAUGAAUAGUUACCCCAUAACUCUAUCUGGAUAAGCCAUCACGUAAUAGUACUGAUAGGGGUGGAGUCGAUUGCAGUGCGAUCCUGACCAAGGCGUUCUCAUAACAGUAAUUGAAGGGAAAUGUAGGCAACACAAACAAAAUCUGAUGAAGAAUUUUAAGAUUGGCUUCUAAAUAAAGAUCUUCACCUCUACAAAGAUCAGCAGUACAGAUCAAUGCCACUGGUUUGGACCUAUGGAGGUCAUGGAUCUGAUAUAUAGGAUCCUAGAACUAGGCUGAUCAAGGUAACCAAAGAGAUUUUGAGGAGGGGAGGAAUUAAAUGUACUGUGUCCAAAAUUCUGUCAGCAUAAGCAAUUUAGCUGCCCAAAUGGAAUGAUCCCUGCUUUCCUUCUCUUAAAUGUUCUGGGUUUCCCCCCAAACUUAAGCUGAAUGUGGCUGUGCAAAUAACUGAGUCUUUGUCUAGGUUCAUCAUGAAGACACCUCGUUUGAGGCAUCGCAUUUGGUUACUUCCACCAUCUUUAUCCAACGAGAAGUAUAUAAAGGUAGAAGAAGACCAAUCAACAAUCGUUUUAUUCUGGCACUGAUGUUCGAUGAAAAAGUUGAAAUGCCCUCUUGCUUCAUUCUGUCAAAAGGUAUAUAUCAAACACCUGCAAUACAAAGGUCAAAGUUUUCAUUUAUGAUAGCACUCUACAUAUAAAUGCACAAAAAUUAAAAGAUUACAGCUCUUACUGAAGUUGUACAUCAUGGAUUUGUGGCUAUUUUAUGUGCUGCUGAGCGGAGUUAUUCUGCAGAUAGUUUGCUGCUUGGUAAGACAAUAAAAAGCAUACUUUAAUUCUUAAGGAUUAGAGUGAAUUAGCACAUUUGUAUUUAAUGUGCAUAUUUUUAAAAAAUGCCAAUAGUUUAUGUAAAUCGGGGCCAGGGGUCAUAAUUAUUGGGGUUGCAGUGGGGAGGGAGAGUUUAAUCAUUUCCUCCUUGGCUGUGGUUCUGACAAAAAUCCCUCUUUUGGAGUUAACUUCUGCCCAAGAUUGCAUGCUUCUCCCUCCCUUCACUUCUGGUGCAGCCACAAGGAUGAGAUCAGAAGCUUUUACUUCCAACUUACACAACAGUUUGGCAUUGUGUCUUAACCUAAACUGUGGUUAAUUUUAUCUAUGCCAGAAAAGAAGGGGGACAUGCAUGAGCCUAGGGGCAGGUUAUGUUGGUUCCCAUCACAGUAGAUGCAGCCUCUGUCUCUGUGUGUUCUGUCCCCUAUUUUAGAGUAGUUGUUUUAUAUAUCAAAAGCUAAAACAAUUUUUAAAGUUUUCAAAGUGUAAUUAUACAAAUACAAAAAAAGAACAACAAGCUUGCAUUGUUAUAAGUUGUUAAUGAAUAAAUAUUUGAAAUAACAUUUGUACCAUAGUGUUAUUUCUACUUGUAUCCUCCCACUUAUUAUAAUGGUAUGUGUUCUAAUAUAACAAACUGGCUAAACUGUAUGGUCCAAGAGGCUAGUAUAAACCACAGUGUUGUAUCCAUAGAACAACAUGAUAGACAAACGGCACACCAGGUAUUUAAAUAUCCUUAUUAUGAAAUGUGGGUAAUGAAUACAUUUUAAUGAUCCAGUAUUUUCAUAUAUGCCAGGUUAUGUAUAAUAUCCCAGUAUCCUAGUGACCAGUAUUUAAUUUUGUUUAAACACCUAAUCAAGGCUCUAGUAAUUUUCUUGAGCUGAGGCCUGGGAAAUGAUGCUGUGUCUUUUUGCACCUCCAUAUGCACACCAUUCUCUUCUUUUGUACAACACUAGUUCCUCUUCCUUUCCAGUUGUGCUAUUGUAGGAUUAUGGAAAAAGAAAUUCUCUUAAACUGUUCUGUGAUAGAAUGAGUAUUAGGGAUUUUAAUCCCAGCUCCACGCAAUUGCUAAGCACACCACCAGGAAUAAUAUCACCACAGUUUCUAGUAUAUAAAUAUAUCAACAAGAGAAAGCAACGGUUAACCAAGAUUUUUAAAAUAUAGCAAGAAAUAGGGUUUAGUGCCAUGUCCCAGGUAGAACAUGUUUUCAUAUAUGCACAGAAAAUCAUAGGUGUAUAAUAUUGCAGUGAAUCUGACUUUAAACUUUUGAUGCAAAACUUGCCAAAUGAAUUUGGCUGAUGGCUGCACUUGCCAUUAGGUAUCACCUGUAAUCUACAAAGAACAGAUUGCACAUCUGACUGUUUCCUCCUUUCUUUUAUUCUAGCCUGUUCAAGAAUUACAGGGUGAGUUCUAUUUUGUAUCUUACUAAUUGUGACAAAAUAGAGGCAACAAAAGCAGCUGCUCAUGAACACAGCAGAUGCAAAAGCUGAUUUAUAAUUAUGGUUAGCACAUUGACAUUCUGAUCCUAAGCGUAUUUACGGUACUUGGAAAUUAAGUACCAUUGAGUUGAGUGGAACUUGCCUCUGAACAGGUAUGCUUCUAGAACAAUACAGAGGUGGGGAGAGCCAAAGGUGUGCACUGGCCAGAUGGAAGGUGGGGUCUGUUUUCCCUCCUCUGCCCUCCCCGCACCCCAGUUCCAGGAGCUUUCCUUCUGAACAACUUUUGCCCUUCCAUUUAUCACCAUGGAGGGGCUACAUCAGUUCCAGGUCUGGUGUGGUUUGUCUCUGGUUCCAGAGUUGUGUUGGGGGAACAGAAAGAAUUAGGAUCUGGCAAAUCCAAAACCUCUCCUAGCAUGACUUCUGCAUGCUUCCUUUUUGAAACUCUUUACAUUGGGGCUCUACUGGAAAAAAACAUUGGCUAUGCAUCUUCCUGCAGCCUCAUGGAGGAGGCUUACAAAGUCUGAUCUCCCUCUCUGUGGAAGGACCUCUCUCUCCCCCUGUGGAGAGGAACAGUCACAGAAAAGUAUGGCCUCUAGGAUGCAGGGACAUAGUGUGGGGGGAGGCUACCAGGGCAAUAGCCCCAGGCACAUUGUUUUAGGAGGUGUUGCGCAUUUGGCUCCUCACACUGCCCUGUCAGCCCUGUGCUGCUUUUUUGUGAGGCUAGGAUCAGAUCUGAAUGAUUCACAGGGCAAAUCAUGCAGAUUGGAUCUCAGCCUCGCAAGGCAGCGCAGGGCUGGCUGGGCGGCGUGAGCAGGAUGCCACAGCCAUGUGGCCUUCAAUCCCAGACUCGCCCUUGCUUUGCGAGGCUGGGAUCAAAGGCGCAUGGCUGCUGUAUCCUUCCCACAUCACCCUGCUAGCCUCAAGCUGCUUUAUGAGGCUGGGAUGACCCAAGGGCUGUGCUGGCCAGCUGGGCUCCCCUCUGCGUAGGCGGGCAGGUGGUGCAGCGCAGCCCUCUUGGCUCCGGUGGGGGGUUUGUUCUGGUGGUGGUGGCAAGGACUGGGAUGGCAUGGUGGGCUCCGUUGACCUCUGCACCCUGGUAUGCCACUGCUAGGAUGCCCUGCCAGGGACUGCAGCCUGCUUGUUGUAAUGGAUAAAAUAUAAUGGCUAUAAUUGCAACUAUCUCUGUUUUCUUUUUGUUUUUCAGAAAGAAAUGAAGACAGUGGAAUAGAUCAAGAUAUCUUUGAUAUCAAUGAAGGUUUUUUCAGCCUAAUGUUUUAAUUAUUAUUGUCUUUUAUAAUACUGUGUGUGUGUGUGUGUGUGUGUGUGUGUGUGUGUGUGAUCAUGGAUUAAAAUGCACUAACCUUCUGUGGGUUUCUUUUUUAGCAUUGGGACUGAACUUGUUCGAGGGUGAUAUCAAACUUGAUGAGGUGAGUUGAAAUGACAAGCAGCAGUAUAAAUGACUGCUAACUUGGGGGUGAUGAGCCCAUGCUUCCCUAUUGUAAAAAGGUGAUAGGAUUUUGCCCUAGUCUGAGAUCUUCCCUUGCUUCAUAGCUUCCUGAUGAAGCUCCUGGCUGUUUUUGUAAUGCCCGCCUUUCACUGCAGCCCCUUUGAAGCUUCCCAUCCUUCUACUCCUCACACUUUAUUAUUUUUGGUGCCUUGCCGAUGGAGACUGCUACAUCUUUAGCAUUGCACUACACCAGGCAGUUGAAAGGAAGGAUGAGAUGGGCAUAAAGGUCACAUCAGUCCAGUGGCUGGGAAAGUUAGACCUUGAGGUUGAGCCAGGAGCUUCCUCCUCCACGUGAUGCCUAAGGCUACAGGAGCUCCAUCAGAGUGAGGAGCUAUUAACCCUGUUUAUUAGCUAUAAAUGUUUUCUUUAUGAAGCUAUAACUGGAAGUGUCUGGAGAGGAAUUAAUAUAGAAUGUCUGAGAUAAUAAAAGAGGAAAGAGUACUGUAAAAAUGUGGAAGCAUGACACAGAAUAUAAUCAAUUCAGCCAUUAGGUUACCAUUAUUAGCAUUUUAAUUUCCCUUGCAUUGAGAUAGAUGCCAGUACAACGCUGAAAGCAAAAAUGCUAACCCUGUGCAGACCACAAUGGAUGGGAGAGGUUUACAGUAUAUCUUAUAGUGUGUGUGUGUGUGUGUGUGUGUGUGUGUGUGUGAGAUUUACAGCCUGUACAUCUCAUCCAAUCUUAUGCUGAUAGUUCAAUUCAGUUCAAUGAUUAGACCACUGUAUUUAACAGGCUUGUAUGGUCAGAAGAUUCCAAAGGAAGUUAUAACCCUGUACUUAAGUGUCAUGCAAAGUUGGGAUGCAGCAGAUUAGGUAAAUUGUGGUUCCAUUGUUGAUUUUUGCCCAGGCAGACAUACCACUGCCUCAGUGUUUCAGGGAAGGCCGUAUAAACAAACACCCAUGCCGUUUCUUAAUGUCUGGCUGGAGUUAGUUAGCAAUGCUCCCUGGAGUCUAUAUUGCAACUACAAGUGGAUACAGUCCCCCCCCACCCCCAUUCCAACUAUUACUUCUGAAAAUGAAUCCUGCGCAGCAUGUGAGAUAAGACCUGCCUGCCUAUUCCACCAACUUGGGCAAGAGCAAUGAUUUAAACAUACUAUCUUUUUCUUUCAUUGUUUGGAAUUCUGUGUUCUUUGUGUUAAUAAAUCUAAGUUUUUUAUUAGCUAACUGGUAUGAUCCGGUCCAAGAGAAUUUAGAAUGUUUCUUACUCCCUGUGAUUACUUUGGUACUCUUCCAAGUUAACAGCAAGUACUGAUGACCCUCCAGGGGAAUUUGAUGCAGGGAUACUAGAAGAUGGCAGUGACUUGGUCCCCAGUUAAAUCUUACACCUUGUAAUACUUAAUAGCCCUACUGCUCUGACAAUUUAGCAUGUGGCAGCAGCUGUUGACUCUUUGUAGGGUGAAUCUAGUCCCAGAAAAAAACUGGAGCAAUGAAACCCCCAUUUAAUUUGGCAUAUCAAGCAAUGACAUGUGGGAUGUGAGGUUAAGGGCCUUCCAAAAGACCUCUGGGAUGUCACAAUCAAGCAUCUAAAGAAACUGAUUUCAUGCCUAUGACUAAUACACUAUUUCAAGGAUUGCCAGUGGGAAACCAUGUGAGCUUUGCCCUUGACUACUUGAGUAAGAUCAGGUGUUUUUUACUGCAACAGAAAUUGCACCAUGCGGAAGGCACACAUUUGAAUACCUUUUCGUAAUAGCCAUAAGGAACAUGAAGGUAGUGUGUGUGUUUUCACUUGAGUGCACAACUUUCUGAAAUGUUGCAUCCAGUGCUUGAGUCUUGAGUCUACAUUUGUAAAUAAAUCCAAGGGGUGCACAGAAUAUUCAGUCUUGCAUAUAGCUGCAACUCUGCGACACUGAGGCACUUCCAACAGACCAGCCCCAAUUAUCCAAUCCCAGUGUGCAAGAACAAUGAGGAACUGGAUGCACCACACUGCAGGUGCCUAAAGAGCAAAAGUCUGAACUCAGAGGAGUCACAGUGCCAACUCUUGUGCUUUCUUUCUCUGAAUUUCUUGGAUUUGCCUUCCUUUUCAGAGACUAGAACGUAACUCCAUUAUUGGCAACGAAUAUCGAUGGCCUCACACCAUUCCAUAUGUCCUUGAGGACAGCCUAGGUACGGCAGUUAAUUUCUUAAGAUCACUUGUUGCAGAAGCAACCUUCAGUAUGAACAUUUGUUCUUUUCUUCAGUAUUAAUUUUGGUGGUAUAUUUGCCAAGAUUUGGGGUAAAAGGCUUACUUCAUAAGAACAAAUGGGAUAUAAUUUCUUAAACUUUGAUUUUUACCAACAAUUUUAAAAAGUAUAUUACAAGGUUAAUGAUAGACUAAGACUAAAGAUUAGGAUUAAGGAUGUUUGAUGAAAUGGAAAUUUGAUAUUAAAAGGUAAAAUUUUAAUGUUACAUUACAUUAAGACUAAAGAUUAGGAUUAAAGAAGUUGAAGUUAUAUAUUUUAAUAUUAUAUUAAAAUUAAAGAUUGGGAUCAAAAAAGUGGAAAAGAAAUUGCUGGAUAAACAAUUUGGAUUGGAAUACAAAAGAGGGAGGUAUGAGGAAGUCCAGAAAAUAAGUAAAUUUAAAAAUGGAAAUGGAAAAGAGAUAUUGUUUUUAAUUGUUAUACUUUUUUCUUUUAUUGUUGAUUCUUGUCUUUUGUGUUUUCUUUAUUUUCUUUUUGAGAUUUGUAUUGUGUAUUUGUGUAUUGUGUAUUUCUGUAUCUUUUUUUGAAGUUUUUCUUUUUUCUUUUUUCUUUUUUUCUUUCUUUGAAACUUUAAUAAAAAUUAUUUAAAAAAAUGAAAAAAAAUAAAAAUAAAAAGUAUAUUACAAAACCCACCUUUCAAUACAGUAAUAUGGAGAAAAAUAAACUUCAGCAUUUGAUAAAAAUGCAAGCUCAACUUGUAAAUAAAACCAGCUAGGCCUGCAUGUGGAAGGUAACAGCGCUAUCCAGGAAUUCCAAAAAGUUAUAAAGGAUACAUCGGGUUUAGUGAAACCUUGGACAGAUAUGAUAUACAGUGGUACCUCUGGUUAUGAACUUAAUUCGUUCCGGAGGUCCGUUCUUAACCUGAAACUGUUCUUAACCUGAGGUACCACUGUAGCUAAUGGGGCCUCCCGCUGCCGCCGCUGCACAAUUUCUGUUUUCAUCUUGAGGUAAAGUUCUUAACCCGAGGUACUACUUACGGGUUAGCUGUAACCUGAAGUGUUUGUAACCCGAGGUACCACUGUAUCUUUCAUUAUAAGCAAUGUGCCAUGAGUCAGCAAAGCAGUUAGGAGUUUUCUAUCAGAUUUUUAUGGGCUGUCAGAAGAGAUGACUCCUCCAGAUUCUCUUUUCUUAUCGCCUGGAGGAGGACCAUGAACAACAGGACAAUGCAUACAGUGGUACCUCGGGUUACAUACGCUUCAGGUUACAGAUGCUUCAGGUUACAGACUCCACUAACCCAGAAAUAGUAUCUCAGGUUAAGAACUUUGAUUCAGGAUGAGAACAGAAAUCACGCGGCGGCAGCUGGAGGCCCCAUUAGCUAAAGUGGUACUUCAGGUUAAGAACAGUUUCAGGUUAAGAACGGACCUCCAGAACAAAUUAAGUUCUUAACCCAAGGUACCACUGUACUUUGAAACAGAGACUUGCAAAGGCAUAGAAACACAAAGAGUUGAAAUUGGGGUCUGUAAACAUCUUGGAGUUCUGGCCUGGUCCCUAGAAGGUCUGAUGCGUAAGCUGUGGGUUUGGGUUGACUGCUUGAAUGUUUAAGCUAUGCCUCAUUAAGCUCAGCCUGUAUACAAACAGGGGUAUAAAUAUUACACUCCAAUAUUAUGACUCACCAGUAAGCUUCUAGUGACCUCUUUCUAAAAGAAACCAAGCCUUGAUGAAAGUUGCCGUGUCUUAGCUGCUCAGAGAUUUGGGGUGAGAGUAGCGAUGCAAAGAAAUAGAGGCAAAAGAUUGCCCAACUUCCAAAUUUACAACAAACUCCACUUACCGUAUGCUGCUUGUAGUAACAAAGUAAUUAUGUCAUUAUCUUGCACCUUCUCUCAAACUCAAAAGUGCCAAUUUGUGAUUAACAGUGAAGAUCUGGUUGCUUAUCACUUUAUAAGAUGCUGCAGCCAGAUUGGUGACCAGAGCCAGUUACAGGAAGGACAGAAACUCAGUGUUAAAACAGCUCUACUGGAUCCCAGUACAUAUCAGAGUAUAAUGGCUUGGAAAAUAGAACUAGUUGCUUAGCUUGAAGGCUUGUAGCAAAUCAACAGUCCAAGGAAGCAAAAGAGAGCUUUGUAGAGCAAAUUGGGUUACUUCUAAAAUAGGUAUUUACAGUCCACUUUCCUAUGCUAAAGGCAUAUUUGAAAAGGCUUUAAUAAUUCUCCCAACAAUUUAAAUUAUAUUAGUCUACCAAAUUUAUACUCAUUAGUACUAAUAGCAGAGUUUCCAGUUGCUAUGUGGAGGGUUAGCUGAAAGGGCAUUCCUUUAGGUGAGCGAUAACCAAUUCGUUGUUUUUUCUUCCAGAUAUGAAUGCAAAGGGGCUGAUCCUCAAUGCAUUUGAACAGUAUCGCCUAAAAUCCUGUAUUGAUUUCAAACCCUGGGAAGGCGAAGCAAAUUACAUAUCUGUCUUCAAAGGGAGUGGGUAAGAGAAAUCAUCCUUUUAAGUAAUGUUUCUUUCUUUUUCAUAGUCUCUGUACAGUCUCACAUACGAGAUCUGUGCCUGUCAGUGGAGGCUGGCUCAUUAGGGCAAAUGGGGCACUGCCCCACCAACUCCAAUCUCCAAGUUUUUAAAACUUUGCUUAUCUGUAGAGAUGUUUGUCAGGUUGAGUCACAACUCUGGGUUUAUCAGCCUGAACGUUGGUGCAACAUUCAUUCUUUGUGGCAUUGUGCUGAUAAGAGUAUUUUGUACAUCCCAUUCAAAGUAGUUAUAUGGUUGCCUCCAGACUGUCAAUAUUUUGUGGUAGGGAUUCAAGUGCAUAAUGGAAAUUUAGGUUUGCUCAGUUAAAAGGGAAUUAUGCAGCAAGCCUAGUUAGAAAAAACAACAGUUAGUUUGUGUGAUAGGAAAAUGCACUGAAAAGUGAGAUGAACAAAUGAAUAACUGGAAGAUGUAUAAGCAGUGCACAGCAAAUCAGCUUCGAUGCUCGUUGUUGUAUAACCUCCCUGCAUGCAAAGCAGAAGGAAUACCCAGUUAAGGACAGUCAUAGUGUAACCUCUGCGUAAGCAAGCAAAUUAGGUUGAAUGCUCAAUAAACAGGUCACCUGGAGUCGUCUGUGAUUUAUACUGCAAACCUUAGGCUUGGAUUACAUUAAAGUAUAAAAGUAGGGAACCAAUGAAUAAUUCUGUGUUGAGUCAAGGCAGCUCUUAAGUCUCAGUAUGUUUCUUUCUUCUGCUGGGAUCAUAUUUACUUUAACAUUUGAGAGGCUGCUUAUUCAUCUUGUCUGCUCUUGGAAUUUGUCUUCCUUUCAACCAAAAGUUCCUUGUCAUUGCUCAGAAUGCUGAACAAGAGUAGACUGUUUAUAGAUUUAUAAAUAACAUUUAUCCAGAAUUCUGUUUUCUACGAAGUGCUGUAUGUUCUUGCUUUUUAUGGUGGCUUGUUAGCAACAGUGAUAAACUGGUGAUAAAAGUUAUUUACCCAACCAAUAUGAAUUUAUAGUCUGCAGGAAUGGCUGCAUGAAAUACUUUUUAAAAAACCCCCAAUUCUACUCUCAUUGCCUUGCAAAAUCACAGUUUUCAAUGCUCAUUUGUUAAAGGACUGUUUGACCAAUCAAAGGUGAUAAACUGUUUAAGAUUUGGCUGAACUUCAAACAUUAUUCUUUUUUUCAACUGUGAAAAGCAAUAAAACAUGUAUUUCAGUUUGGGCCUUGAGUUCAAAGAACAGAGUUUGUCAGAUUCUGAGAACUGAAUCAGCUGAGAUAAAAGAUCAUGAACUUCCUGUAAGUUUUUCUGAAAGGUUAUUGCAGGAUAUGGAGGCUGGUCUUUUGGCUAUUGUUUUGAAGUUCAAAUAAAGUCAGGAGCUAAUUUUACAAAAUUCAUAAGCAAGGAGUUAAUAUUAAUUGAUGUGAUGUGAUGUUUAGCUCAUCUCAGUGUUCAUCUUUUAGUUGAGUGAGGAAGGAUUUAUAUGUGGGGGUGGGUGGGUAAGUUUUCAUUGUUUAUAUCAGUGGUGGAUGAAUACUUCGAAUAUCUUUUUUGUUUCUAUUGUUUUGUUAUUUUAAUUGUAUUUUUCUAUUUUAAAAUUUGUAAGUUGCUGAGAGAAUGUCAAUAGGUGUAUUCAGUCCCUUAACCCCAAAAGGCUGUCAUUGUUCUCCUUUCAUCCAUGUCUGCGUUGUUUUGCGUAGUCAGGGCUAAACAGAAUUAGUGGCUGGGUGGAGGCUACUUAAAAUUCCUCCUACAAUGGAUGGCCCACACAGCCAGCAAGUUAUGAGAAGCAGCUUGCCUGGUGGAUUGAGUAAUGCUCCCUGUGUCUCUAAAAACCAUGGUUUUUGCUGGAGAACAUUGCUGGAUCCAUACUGAUCUAUUUAAACCAUCUGCCUUGGCUCUCUGUGAGAGAAACAAAGGCUGGAGAACAGCAUUCCUAUUUGCUCACUGAUCUAUAUGUUGGUUGCUCCUCAUGGCAAUUCAUUUGUGUGUAUUCUGGGUUUUGGAUCCACUCACAUUUCUGAAUUGCAUAGUAAAACUGAAGAUGCUGUAUAGCAGACAUGCAUAGUUGGUUGCCAUGUGUGCUUACUGUAUGACUGCUUGGUCAUAUGGAACACUCCUAAAAGUGACCAUGUGUUUACUUUCAACAUCCUGUUCCAUCCCAGAGCCUUUCUGCACAUAAUUCAAAGGGCAUUCUGGCUGUAUUGUAGGCAUUCUGCAGAUGCUGAGUUGAUUUUAAUGCUACUCUUAUGCAGACUAGACCCACUGAAAUUAAUGGGUUGGGCACAACCCAGUGAAUCUGGCUUAUAUGUCAGAAGUCAGUAUUCCCUGGUACCUGCUUGGGCCAUAUCUUUAGUUGCUUCACCACUCUCAACUCCUGAAGUCUGCUUCUCUUUGCUGCCAUGGCCUGUUCUUCUGCCCAGAGAUAGGAGCAAGAGGACCCCACUUUGCCUUCUCCCUCUAGAGAUGGCCAUGCAGAUUAAGCCCAGAGGAAGAAGGAAAGUGAAUGGGCAGCAGUGACUGUGGCAAAGAGAGAAGGGCUCGUUUCAGGAGGAGGCACUGAAGACGUCUUGUUUAAGGCCUUCCCAAAACCUGGAGCUGGCAAAUCACUGAAUGAAUAAAGUUUCAAGGCAUACAAUAUUGUUAAACACACUCCAAUUUCCAAGUUAUGAAAGAUGUAAGGGGUGCCAGCACACACUUCAGGUUUGGUUUCCUUUGAAUGAAGGUCACUGGAAUAUCUUUGUGGUGGUGUUAUUCACACACAUACACUAGCUAAGCAUAAAAUGAAAGGGCUCACAACAUUAGCACCUCAGCAUAUUUUGCUUUUGCAUCCGUUUCUAGAUGCUUUCAGCACAGAGAGCAAGUCAAGCCUCUUCCCAAGUCUACCUCACUAUGAGACACCAUAGUGCAAUCGUCACUGCAUCUCCAGGCAUUGGGGGUGGGGGGCUGUUCCCCUCUAGGAACAUCACUAGCCAGUCAUUUCUACAGCAAGACACUUAUACUUGACCAACUCUUUAGUUGUGCUACGAGUUAACUUAACAGACUUGGCUAGCCCCAUUCACUUAAUAAAGGAACUGGUUUGACCAUUUCAGUCAGUCCUUCUGCUAUAGAAUUACAUCUUACAGAUGUAAAACCACAGGCCUUGAGGGGUCCUAAAUAUGACAUCUAGACCAAACCCCCAAUUCUAUAACCAUAUAAAAUUCAUAAGAGGCUUUUCACACCAAAGCUUUACUAGAUACAUAGUCAUAAACAAAGACAUGUACACAGCUUAAGGCCUUACAAUGCAGAUGGGAAUUUAUGCCAUCACCAUUCACGCCUUGUAGAGCAAAUGGAAGGUGUUUCAGAUCUCUCUCUAAACUCUCUAAGUACAGGUGUGCAUCUCAUUUGGUUUGUAUGCACAGUACCCAAUCCAGCAUGGGAAUCUGGGCAGAAGCAAUGUCUCUGCAAGUUCUGCCUUGCAGAAUUAGUUUGACCAAGUGAAAAGGGUUUCCUCUGAGUGAACCCUUUGAUGGAUAAUUAGACUAGGGCAAGAUUGUAUACAGCACAGAUUUUGAACACUCUUGCAUUUUUUGUCAGUUGCUGGUCCUCUGUGGGAAACCGCCGAAAAGGGAGGCAAGAACUCUCCAUAGGAGCCAACUGUGACAGGAUUGGGACGAUUGAGCAUGAAUUCCUUCAUGCACUGGGAUUCUGGCAUGAACAGUCACGAUCUGAUCGAGAUGAUUAUGUCACAAUAAUGCGAGACAGAAUUCAGGAGGGUAAGCUAAUUUACCUUCCUUUUAAUUUAAAACCAUUGAUAGAUUUCAUCUGUACAGCUACUCAUUCAACUUGAAUCUCAUUAAAGCUUUCUGACUCGGAUGGCAAUGUCCAAAAUGUGAUGCAUUGUUAUAUACUCCCUGCUCCUCCAAGCAGGGAAAAUUUCAAGGGGCAGUGCUGCCAGGUUUAGGUUUCCCUCUGGGUGAUGGCACACACACUUGCGGCACCUUUAGAAUAUUUGCUUUACCUCUCAAUAUGUGAGCAGAGCAUGAGUGAAGGUAAACGGGGCUCUUCUACAGUGAUCUCCCCCCAAUUGCAUCUUGAUCUACUUCUAGGCUGCACCUCCAAUUUCACCAUGCUCUAGCUAGAAACUCCCCUUUCUCUUUAAAACAGGAAACUUCUGUUUCUUUGUACAUGUACCUUACAUCUGACCCCUCUCCUUUUACCAAGAAGCUUGACUUAUCUGGAAUUCUGUAUAUGCCUGCUGCAUCGAGUCUCUCUCAUUUCUUUCUGCUUGCAAAGCAUUGUAAAUUGGGAACUACUAUAAUAAAUAAAUACUCUGUGGUUCUGUAUGAUAUACUUGGAAUUCAAAGAAGAAGCGAUGGGACAGCAGGCUAAGGACAUAAAUUAUAAAUUUGUAAUAUUGCAAUGGAAGAGAUAUUAAAGAGUGUGCUUAUCUGUAACCUAAACCAGUGGGACUGAAAAGGGCUUAGCUUUGGCUGGAUUGUGAUCUGUAUAAGUCACCGUGGUAAGUUCUUCUGCUUCUUUCAGGUAAGGAAGGAAACUUCAACAAAUAUGAUGAUAAAAGAUCUGACUUCCUUAAUGUCCCGUAUGACUAUAACUCUGUAAUGCACUACAGUAAAAAUGCCUUCAGGAAUGGAACAGAACCAACAAUAGUAACAAAUAUACCAGCCUUCAUUGAUGUGAUUGGACAGCGCAUGGAUUUCAGUGAAUAUGAUAUCCGGAAGCUGAGUCGACUCUACAACUGCAGUAAGUGUUUGAAACCCCAUCAUAUCUUUUCAGCCUCCUUUGGUCAUCUGUCAUAGAUGCUUUAGCUGAGAUUCCUGCAUUGCAGCGGGUUGGACUAGAUGACCCUCAGGGUACCUUCCAACUCUACAAUUCUAUGAUUUGUUUGCUUAGGUUUCAUUUCUGAACUUUACUUUGGGACGAAUUCAGUGUUGCCCUCUUCUGAUUGUUCCAUCUGGCAGCCAGAGAUGCUUGCGCUGGUGGAGCAAUCUCUCCUCUCCUCCCAACCCUCCCCCUGAGCCAAUUUUGGGGGCACACAAGGGGAGGAGAGGGGAAGAGUCCUCUGGUGCUAGCAGAAGUGCUUGCACGGGCUUCCACUAGCAGUGCCUGUUAGUUAAAUCUGGUCUUUUGCCUGGGAAUACAGUAGCUUUAUAGUUGCAAAUAAAUUCCCCACUAGCAUCUGAGACAGGGGUGAGGAACCUCCAGCCCAGGGACCCAAUUAGGCCCAGCACAUGUCCCCAUUGGGUUUCCAGUGCCAUUUCUCCCCAAAGCACACCCACCUGUCCCAUACCUGACAUAAUUUGUGAUGUCAGGUUUGAGGAGGUGGAGAAUUAGCUGCCAGAAAACAAAUGGGUGCCUUAGCUAACUUCCUGUUAGCACUUACCAGCUCAGGAGCACAAACUGAUUCCAGCUGGCUUCCUGUAAGGGCUGUAGAUUGGCGGUUAUGGCAAGGUGGCUGGGAUUGACUGUACUCUUAGUCAGGAACUCUCUAGCGCAAGCAAUGCCUACCCCUAGCAGACUGCCUGUAUAUGCCACUUGGCUGAUUGGUGCUUACAGCAAGCUGGCUGGGAUCUGCACUUACAGCAGACCCCAGAGUGGGAUGUGCUGUAAGCAUAAGUUUCCCUGUGCUUUGGUGGUUUGAACUGAAACCAGCGCUGCAAAGGAUCACAGGAUUGUUUGGGAUUGCCUGAUGUGACUGAGGCUGAUAUAAUGUUCUCAUGCUUCUGGAUUUCCCUGGACACUGUCAGCAGCAGUGUCCGGGCGGUGCUCAUGUUGGCAGUGCCAUUUUUUGCAUUUAUUAAAGUGAUUUUGCCCAAAAAACCUCAACAACUUUGGGCAAAACUAAAAAAAAAAAGUUCAACAACUUUUCACUGUUUGAAAUAUGGCAACUGUAGCUGAUAGGAAUUCUAGUGCAACAAUAACUGAAAGGUGCUGCACUGACUACACCUGACCCAGAUGGACCAAUGGUCUGAUUCUGCAUGAAGCAGCUGCUUCCUCAGGUAGGAUGCUAAACAAAGAAAGAAGAAAAAAUUAAGGCUGAAAAGCAGUAUAAGUGGCCUGGUGGUCAUUAUAUGGUUGAUUUUACUUACAUCCAAUUCAGUUAGGAAUGUGGUCCACUAAAACACAUGCCAUAAUGCCAUAAUACAGGUGUAAGUCUUUAAGGUGCCACCCGACUCUUUCAUAUAUAUAUAUAUAUAUAUAUAUAUAUAUAUAUAUAUAUAUAUACACCCACCCACCCAACCCACACACUAAAUUGCUGAGUGUGCAAAAUCUUCCCUUUAAAGGUCCUUUUGAUUUUCCUAGUAGUGAAAGAAGGAUACUGCUCAUUCUAUAAAACAAGCCAGCUUAUUUAUUUUCUUUUAAAAUGAAACUCAUUUACUUCUACUUGAAGUGGUUUAUGGAUUCAGCUAAUAGCACUGAUUGAUCAUAGAGUGACUGAGGCUGUGUUCACACUUUCAGUUACCAUGCAUUCAUUGCAUGUGUAGUACUGGGUUUUAAAUCCAUGUUCACAUGACAACAUGCAAAAUGCAUAUAUAUUCUGUUCUUUGUUAUAAAAUACUACUGUUUGAUGUGUUAUUUCCCAAACCAGCAAUCAGAGUCCUCAGGCCAUUCCUAAUUUAUCUCUAGCCAAGGUGUGAAAACCUUUGCAUACUAUAAAGACAUCCCUGCCUGUCAACACCCCCCCAACAGAUGUGAAUCAGAUUCUAAAGAAGCCAUGCUGUUGUGAACAGCUGGGGGGGCACUAAAAUGCACAAAAAAAACAGAAACUUCUCUGUGAUGUGAACCCACCUUGAGUUAGAACAGAGUUUGGUUCUUUUGACAUUGUGGUUUUUCUAACUAAUUGAGAUAUGAGAAGAUCUGUAAUUGGAUUUCCCACUUUAAAAAAAAAAGUUUAACAGCAGUUGCCGGGUGAAGGUUGAGAAUUAUAUGGAACAAUGGUCCUAGGGGAGAUUAACCUUUCUCUCAUGCCAUUCAUGCCAAAACUGUUUUGUCUACUAGAGGUAAAACAAUACCAGACAGACAGGUUUCCUCCCACAAGGCAGCUAGCAGCUGGUGGGGAUAUAGAUUAGGAAAAAAGUGAGAUGGAAAAGGGUUUAGCCAUCUCACCUGCAGGCUCCUUGACUCUGUUUACUUCGUCACUGUUUACAGCAGCUUUUGUAUUUUAAAAGUACAAAUGAGUCACAGAUCUCCUGAUGGCAUAUCUAGAUGGGUCCAAACUAUUUCCUGAUGCAGUUGACUGAAUAGUCCCACUAAAGUAAACAAACACUGUAUCUGCUCUGUUUUUUUAAUGCUGGUAGCUUCGUCUUUAAGCUUUAUGGAGACGUGCAGUUUUGAAUUUGAAAACGUGUGUGGCAUGAUUCAAAGUACAGAAGAUAAUGCUGACUGGCAGCGCAUAACCCAGGUUCCUAGUGGACCACAAACGGAUCACACCUAUGUUGGAAUCUGCCAAGGUAAUGUACAGCAAUUAUUAUUAUCUCUUAGAUAAGUAUUUUCUGUGGAUGUAUUUGAUCUUCAUAACCUCACUAACUUGCUGAUAAAUUGCUAUUGCAUUGUUAACCAUGCCUGUUAGAUAAUUAGAAUGUUUACCGUAUUAUUUCAAGUCGUAUCUCUAUACAUGUCUGCAACCUACUUUUCCAUGUUAAGGGAAUUUAGCUGUUUUCAGAACUUGAAUGGCUGGGGGAGCCAUUUCCCACUGUGACCUUGGUUCUUGUGGGAAGACAGGAUGUUGCCCCUUCCGUAGAGCUGCUCCAUAAACUAGAAUGUUUACCAAAAUACGCUGGAGAACAACAUGCAUAAAUGUGGGUUGGAGCCUGGAUAGUGACGUGCCCUCAUAAGAUACACAGGGGAGCAACAGAGGCAAGACUAGAGUUUUUCAAGAAUUGGGGAUUUAUUUUUAAAAAUAUUUGAAAAUGGUAAUUUAAUUCUGAAAGUUGUUCUGGAGGAGAGGUGUGUGUGAAACUAUGGCAGGCCAAGGAAGCUGCACAGUGAUGUUUCAUUUUGCAUGGGAGGAGAAUAGUAGAAGUAGAAGUUGGAAAAGUAGAAGUUGGAAAAUUGAUAAGAAGAAGGCAGCAAGGUGAAGAAGGGGUUAUUCCUUUCCUUCCUGUCCUAACUGCAGGAAGGAGAAGUGGGGAAUGCUUAGCAUAAAUCCAGAAAGAAGACUGAAAAAGACUUGCCUCUUUCCAGCAAGGCUUUGCUAGGCAGAGUCUGAUGGAACUGGGAGUCUAGAAAAAGAGCACACAAAGCAGGAAUUUGUGCUUCUGCACUUACCACACAAGAAUCAGCUACAGUUCAAAGGUACAAGAACAGACACCCAAGUAGAAACUCUAAAACCUAGCCAGUUUGUCUGCCAGCAAAACAGACACACCUGUACAGGGCUCAGGAGACUCACUAAGUUCUGGGUUCCUAAGGUAACAAAGGAAGUGGAUCUGUGCGAGAUGGCAAAUGGGUGGGGCCUAUCCCCCAAAUCACAGCUGGUUAGAAAGACAAAACCAGAGCUGAGAGUAGAGUGAUGUGAGCUAGAAGCAAACCAGCAAGCUGAGAAGACAGAGAGAGACAGCAAUGUUUGAUUCCUGUUUGAAUCCAAGGUUGCAGCUAUGGGGGAAGCAAGGUCCUCUUGUGGUAUUAAUCCUGUGAACCCCUCCAUUGUAGGCUCAGGUUGCAUAUAGGUGUAAACAAGCCAUAUAUCAUAAAGACACCAGAGUCUCCAUUGUGCCACAUUCUGAAGGAAACACGAACCCUGAGUAAGCGCCAGGAACCCUGGAAUCUCACACUGCUCAGAGAUUGGGGUGAUGUGCACCCAUGCUUUCUCUAAAGCACACUCAAAAUUUUAGGGUUCACUGUAGGCAAUCACUAGAUGGUAAAAUGUUGCUUUGACUGAGGAACAUUAAGCACCAACAGUUCCAGGGGGUUCCAUGCCAGUGUCUGGAGGGUGAAGAAGUUCUAAAAGUUUCCCUCCUCUCUCUCUUUCUCCUUGACAGAGACUGGCUACUUUAUGCAUUUUAACACCAGUGCUGGAAGUGUGUCAGAACGAGCGGUUUUAGAGAGCCGAUUUCUAUAUCCCAAGAGAGGUUUCCAGUGCCUACAAUUCUAUUAUUACAACAGCGGAAGUGAAAGUGAUCAGCUGAAUGUUUUAGUCAAGGAAUACACUGAUGCAAGCCCCAAUGGUACCCAAAGGCUUGUAAAAACGAUACAAGGUAUGAAAGCAUUAUUUUUAAUAUGUAUACGCUCUUGUUCUAGUUAACACUGGGGUAGUAAAUCUGUGCCUACUCUGUAUCACUUUAGACUGCAGGUGGGGGCUCAAAUUAUUGCAUGCUCUUCUGUUUAAAAAUAACAAAACGUUCCUCUGUAUAGAAUGCUAGCGUGUCAGAGAGAAGAUUAAGCCACAUUCCUCACCCCAUAACAUCAAGUUUUUGAUGUGGAGGUGUGUUGUUUUUUUUAAAUGGAGAUCAAUUAAAAAAUGUAGAGUUUGAAGCUGUAUAGUCCAGACACCAGUUUACUAUGCUGGUGAGGACUAGGCUAGAGUUUAACAUUUCACAUUUGACAAGAAAAGUUUUGAGACCACAAGUAUUUUAUUCUUUGGUCUGGGUUCUCCAUAGUGUUUUUAAUGGAUUUCUCUUGCCCCAACCCCACAAAAAGGAGGCCCUUAUUGAUCCAUGGAAGUCUUGAUCUGAAAUUAUUAUGGGACACUGUAGUGAUGGACUUUUAAAUUGUAUUUUGAGCCUAAACUGUUAAAUAUAUUACAUUUAAAAACCAGUAGAUUGAGAUCUGUGAAGUAAUGUUUCCUGUGAUCCACCACAGUCAGGAGGCAGGCUACUGUAGUCUGCGUCAGGGGAAGCACUGAAAAGUCUUUAAGGAUAAGUCCUGCAUAAAACUCAAGUACACAAAUAUGAAUGACUAAAUGAACUGUUCAACAUUUAACCCCUUUUAAAUUUCAUGGGGAAUGUGAAAAUCUGUUUGUGUAACAUUGAAAUAUGUUGUCAAUAUAAUGCACCUCAUUAUUCUUUUCCAGGUUCACCUGCAGGCCACUGGGAGUUACACCAUGUGUCUUUAAAUGUUGCAAGUAAAUUCCGAGUAAUAUUUGAAGGCAUAAAAGGAUCCGAUGCAUCUAAUGGAGGCCUUUCCAUUGAUGAUAUCAACCUGUCAGAAACUCAGUGCCCUCACCAUGUUUGGCAUAUAAGAAAUUUCACUCAGCUGGUUUCAAGCGCUACAAUACAAUAUAGUCCACCCUUUUACUCUCCCAAAGGGUAUGCAUUUCAGAUUGGUUUGCUCCCCACCAGUUCAUUUAAUUUACACAUACAUUUGCACUUGAUCUCUGGUGCAAAUGAUGACCGGUUGCAGUGGCCUUGUGCAUGGCAGCAAGCUACAGUGCUUCUGCUUGAUCAGCAUCCAGACAUCCGCCAACGUAUGUCAAAUCAAAGGAGUAUAACUACAGACCCAAGCCAACUAGGUAGGUUAAUACUUGGAUCAGUUUACCCUAAUGGUUAUGGUUAUAUAUAUAUAUGCUUCAAUAAUGCCUUAAAAUUUCUCUUUCUUUCGCCAACAGUAGUGUAUUAAAAUUCCCAAGGUGCAUGAGAAACUGCCCCCAGACCAGAUAAUGCAAAACAAAAUAAUCUAUAUUAAAAAAAAGUUAGGAUUACCUCCUUGUGUAGACACUGUGAAAUACCGUACUUUUUCAUGUAUAAGACUAGGUGUUUGGUUUUUUUACUAAAAAAUAAUGUUAAAAAGGGGAGGUAGUCUUAUACAUGGGGCAAUCUCUCCCAUUUUCUUAAUUUUGAGUCCAAAAUAGGGGGCGUGUUAUACAUGGGAAAAUAUGGUAUAUAGUGGCUGUCAUCAUUCUCCACUCUUUAUUUUUAUAUAUAUAUGUGUUCCAUACUCCUCUGGUAAACUUUUAGCCCUCCGGUCUGUUUUUCUUCCCCCCUGGGAGUCACAUUCCUCUUUCAGCUCCAUUCCUUGAAAAGAAGUAAGAAUCCUUUAUUUCUCCUGAGGUAGCAAAGGCAUGUGUGUUGACUCCUCAGUAUAAGUGCACUCAUGGGAGUUGUAGUCUACAUGUGGAGGCCACCUCUGGCAUAAAUCAAGUAUAUCUGCCAGAUGCCAGUAAUAACAACCUCACUGGUCUAGACCUUAAUGGUGUCGAGUGGGGACAAGGUAAGGCAGGAUUACAUAAAGCCAGCAUUUCUAAGCCAAUCCCUAUUGUGCACUACAUUUCCUUUCACAUAUUUAUCUGCAGCCGGGUGCAGUUAUUGUAGGACUGAAGAGUCUUUGGAAGUUGAUAGCAAAACGUUUUGUUUUUAAAACACUAUACAUGAGAUAUCCAGUUUUUUCCCAUUUUGUUCAAAGCUGGCCAAUGGUUCCUUUGGGCCUCAGUAUCUGGAGGGCCUCCACUUGCUCCUUAAAGGUAAAGGACCCCUGGCAGUUAAGUCCAGUUGCGAACUCCUCUGGGGUUGCGGUGCUCAUCUCGCUUUACUGGCCGAGGGAGCCGGCAUUUGUCCGCAGACAGUUUUUCUGGGUCAUGUGGCCAGAGCAGCGCAUGGAAACACCAUUUACCUUCCCCUCCGGAGCAGCACCUAUUUAGCUACUUGCACUUUGACGUGCUUUCGAACUGCUAGGUUGCUCCUUAGGAUGAGAUAAAAAUGGCAGUAAGAGACCAACAGUGGUCAAUAAGGACGCUUACAGUCUCUUGUUUGAGUUGCUCCUCUGAGAACCAAGACAAAGCCAAUUGAGUAGUGGUAGCAGUGGAGGGAACCUCUGGAAUAGAAGAUGAAUAAUGGAGAUGCCAAACCUCCCCUCUCCAAAUGUUUUGUGGCCUUCAGGCAGUAGACCUAGUAGGUUGGAACUGAAAUGUUUUUAGAGGUUGGUAACUUUUUUGUGCCGCUGUGGGUUCAGUGGAAAUCCUCACAGCCAGUGCCCAUCCAGAAGGUUAUCUUUGGACUUUUUAGCGUUGCUCAGGCUACAUAGUUUUCCUGCCCCAGCUGGAAGUGACAGCCCAGCUUAGGUAGUCACUGUGUCUUGAUGUUCACAGCCUACAAGAGUCAAUUGAGUCACAUUGUCUUCCUGCUUACACAAGAAUCUUGAGUCAUUCUUUUUUCUUUUCUUAUUUUGCUGGAAAAAAGGUACAUAGUUAGUAUCAUUUCAUAUUUUGCUGAACCCCUUUUCUACCAAAAAUAUUAGCUUUACUAUUUUUUUCUUCUUUCACAGUAUACGAUAGACCAGACAACGUAGGAAUAGUCGCUACUUUUCCUAAUGGCACUGAAUUCAUGAGAGGUCCUGCAACUGAAUUCAGUUCCUUUAUAACACAACAAAGGCUUGAAAGUCGUGAGUUUGUUAAAGAGGAUAGUAUUUUCAUUCUUACAACAGUGGAAGGUAUGUGGGUUUUGCUAUGAGUGAUAUUGUUAGUAUCAAGGAUUCAGCAGAAAUAAUCCCAUGAUAGGCAAUGGGAGUCUCCCUAAAACAAAUAGUUCUGUAUAUUUUCUUCUCUCUCACUUAAGAGUUGAGACUAGAAGGUGGGCCCUGAUUGCUUAUGAAUCUGCUGAUGGCUACUGGUUGAAAUGUUUUACAAAAUGUCUGCUGAGCUGCUUAGACAGGCAGUCAUUUGAAUAUGCAGAGUUCCAACACCUGGAGGCGUUAAUUUUUCCGAAAGGCAAAUGGAUCAACCUUUAUGGCAGCUGCCACUUAUUGGAACUUGCACCUUUUGUAAUAUUUCCCUAGUUUAACUGAUAUAGCUGCUCAGAGGCCUUGUUUGCAUGUUUGUCAAUGAACCUGGGCAAGGCUUGCACUUACACAGUCAGUGUCUCCCCUCUCCUUCCCCUGAGCAGCUGUGAGAAGUUUAGCAGCUUUCACUUUUCAAUUAAACACAGUGUUACUUCCCAACCCCAAACUGUGGUUAAUAUUUACUAUCCUUUAUUUUAAGAAACCAACUGCAUAAACAAAGGUUUAGAGGUGUCUUUUUCUGACUAGCCAUAGUUGAGACAAAUGGCAGUUUAUCUGGAUUCAGGCAUAAUGUGACUAGUCUAAAAUUGGAAGCUUUCCAACUCUUCCUCAUGGCUGCUCCAGAGAAGAAGGAUGGAGCAUGUGACAUUUGCUGCAACCCAUUUUCAUAAUGCUGAAGUAUUAUUCUGUAUUACACCUUUAUGUAUCUAAGCAAAAAUCACAGGUUAACAUUUAUUCCAAAAAGCAGUUAUACAUCACUCAUAGUUAGUUAAUUUCAAAUUGUUUUAUAAUGGGAAAAGGUUUGUUCCUUUGCUAUUAAGCUUAUAAACAAAAGAUCUCUAAAUUUCUGAGCCCCAAACCUAAUUUAAUAAAAGUAAUAGCACCAAAUACUUUAAGAUGUAUUGGUUAAGCUGCAAGAAUUUAUGUUUUGCCUCAUUUAUUCACCUCAGAUAUAUCACAUUUAAUAUCAACUCAGCCAAAUUCUACAGCCAUCACUCCAACUACAGCCACUAGUGUGUGUGAGGCCUAUGGUUGUCAAAAUGGUGGAAUCUGCAUUCUUGAAGAGGGGAAGCCAGUUUGCAGGUAAGCAAUGUGUUCUUAAGUGUUCAUACUGUGGAAUUUCUUCUAGGGAGGCAUCGUGUGUAGCAAUCCUUUAUUUUCAAAAUCCAGUGUGAAGUGGGGGUGGGGUGGGGUGAGAGAACCUGAGAUCUUCAUCUUGCGGUACUCCCACAGAGGACAUUUUGAACUGAACUUCAGUUGUGCUACAUUUUGUGCACAUUCCACAUUUGUCACUACAGUAAUAAUCUGCUAUGUUCCUUUAAGCUGUUUUUGACAAUAAGUAACAGUAUCCAGUCCAGGUUUGUGUUUGUGGGUUUUUUGCAUGGGAGUUAACUAUUUUAGGCCUUCAUGCUCAUCUGUUUUUGCCAGUUUCUCCCUCCAUCCAGUAUGGGCUUGGAAGGAAUGCCUACGUAUUUUUUCCCUACAAUUCUCAGAAUUAGACAGGCUUUAAGCAUGCUUAACUGGGUUAUACACCAACAGGCAGUGCAUGCCAACAUAAGGAGAUACCAGGUAGGGUAGGAGAUCCUAACCUCAUAUACAUACACUAAUAUAUGAGUGCUAAUUCACCAGGAAAGAUGUGCUGGGGUCAUGGUGGAGAGCACAUUCCAUGCUCCGUAUUAUUUAAAGCUGGACUGAACAUUCCAGCAGCCAAUACAGUGGUGCCUCGCAAGACGAAAUUAAUCCGUUCCGCGAGUGUCUUCGUCUAGCGGUUUUUUCGUCUUGCGAAGCAACCCUAUUAGCAGCUUAACGGAUUAGCGCUAUUAGCGGUUUAGCGGCUAUUAAAGGCUUAAAGGCUUAGCGGAUUAGCUGCUAAAAGUCUAUUAAAGGCUUAGCAGCUUAGAUAAAGGGGGGGGGGAAAGUGAAAAAAAUAUCUCUAGACUCGCAAGACAUUUUCGUCUUGCGAAGCAAGCCCAUAGGGGAAUUCGUCCUGCGAAGCAACUCCAAAACGGAAAACCCUUUCGUCUAGCGGUUUUUCUGUCUUGCGAGGCAUUCGUCUUGCGGGGCACCACUGUAUAAAAAUGCCUUUCUGUAGUUCCAUGAUACUGUGUGCAGUUUUGUCACUUCAGCUAUGGGGGUCCACAGGUUCCUCACUUCUGGGUGAAAAGGAUUGUGGGCCAUUUAGCUUAGAAUGGGGGGUUUCUGGCCUGUGCGCUUAAUUCGGGGGUGGGGCUGCAGUGUGUUGAAUUGUGUUUGUGAUUUGCUUUAACCGCUGCCAUGCUUUGCAGAUGCCCUGUAGGUGCAGAUUGGUGGUAUGUGGGAGAAAAAUGCGAGCAGAAGGGAUCCACACAGGAUACAGUUGUGAUAGCAGUUGCCUCGUCUCUAUCUAUAUUUGCCGUUAUGUUGAUCAUCACCAUUGUAACAACCAGCUGUAUUAAAAAGAAAUAUAGGAAAAAAAUGGAAGCCAGGGAAAGCCUGGGUUUACAAAAUGUAAGUAUUGCACUUCCGGUGGUGCAAACUUUUAGGUGGCUUUGCAAUGCUGAACUGUUUUCUUGCUAGGUAAGAUUGUGAGGUGCAAUACUUAGCCAGCCCUCAAACGUAUUCUAAUUGUACAAAUGGGAACUUGUGAUGAACGGUUGUGUGGCCUUUGGCAACGCACACAGAGGCUAACACAACUCUGGAUGCACUAUCUACCGAGCCCCACUGACUUCUGUUAGCUUAUGCUGCAUAGUGUGGCAUUUAUUUGGGCGGCUACAUUUUUGAAACAGCAAUCCAAGUGAGGGAGGGUGAAACUGAGGCAGAAGAACAACCAGAUUCCCAGGGUCAUUGCACAGGAUAGAAGGUGGGAGGAGAAAUGUAGAUUUCCUCCCCAUCUUCUCCUUUCUUUGGACUUCAUUCCUAUACAAACCUAUGUGUGAGUAAGUUCCACUGAACUUCAUUGACACCCCCCUUUUUUUGGUAAAAGGGCUUUUCUCUCCAUUGAUGCAAUGGAAAUGAAAAUUUGUUCCCCAACUGGAGUACUGGCUUUCUCUACUCCCCCUCUGCCCCCACCCUCGCCUUCCAGUGGCAUGUCACGGGAAUGCGAAGGGUUUGGGAUCUAAACUUGCCUCAGUGUGUACCCAAACACUUCCUGCCCUCUUUCUGCCACUGGAAAUUUCUGCAACUGCAUUGAAGAGGCCUGUGUGGGCAGACCUCCUGGUUGGCAUGUGAAGAUAGUGUCACAGAAUCUUGUGUGCCCUGGGCUACCCUCCCAAGGACUGCACCUUGAAAAUGUGAUUAAACUGUAUAAGAACUAAACAAGUUUCAAAGAAUGAGGCUCUCUCAAACUACCUUACCAGUCCUUAAAUAUAUUUUAUCAAAGCAGCAUCAAAUAAUUUUAGAAGUAGCAGUACAUAAUAUGUUUUAUUGCACCCCUCGCCUCCCCCAAAAGAGAUUCAAAAUGGCAGUUGCAUCUCCUUUCUUCUCAUCUGCAGCAAUCAGCCAUCUUGCCAUAGAAAUGUCUGUUUCUAUACCUGUUUUGAAACAAAGUAUACAACUUUGGAUAGUUUGCCAGCAGUAUGUUAGCCUACUGAAAAGCAUCACCUUUUGUAUUUCUCAUUCUGGGUUUGCAACUCCUCUCAGAUGAAACGAUUUUAGGGGAAACAGCCAUUCUUUUGCAUUAAAAACAAGACAAAAGCUAUAUGCCAUUUCUAGGAUUUAAUUGAAAUAAAUUGCUGAAAAUUUAAAAAGAAGCUGUGACUUUUUCUGACCUAAAAUUCUGCACAGGAACUCCAAUUUGAGACCCCCAUUUCCCAUCUAAGAGAAUGAAAAAGCAAGAUAAACUUAGGCCGGCAAAUAUUAAACUGAGCUUGAUUCAUGCUAUGUGUUCAAUAUACUAUGCUCUAUGCAGGAUAGCCACAUUUAUUUUGCAAUUACUAUAAUUGUACUCUAUCCAAGUGAUUUAGAAGAUGCCUUUUGCUCUCUUGACAGAAAACACCUCUCUGAAGAUAGUGAAAGUUUGGAAACCAAAAUGGAUGGCCUCACUUGAACACCUUAUUCAUAACUUCAUGUCCAGCACAGUUUCUCCUUUGCCAACAGACAUUUUACUUACAGGAAAAAAGGGAAAGGAAAUUAUUUGUGUGUGAGUUUAAAUCAAUGCAAAAAAAAGGCGGCUAAAAGUGAUAUUUUAAAAUUUGAGAUGGUGCAAGUUUAAGGAUUUUUCUAGCAUGGUACAUGUCCUGGAUAAGCAAAGUAGCCAGAUUUCUUUAUUUCCACCACAUAAUUUAUGAAACGAAACUGGGAGGUUUCCCUUCUGUAUAAGCAGUAUGGACCCAGAGUGAAGACAUGUGUCCUACUUUUUUUCUAGAGGGGUGUCAUUUGCAGGUGGUUCCCCUCCAGAAUCUUUAAAUGGCUUUUUAAACACCUGAGUUCAAAAAAUUGUUUGGGGAUUUGGCACGAUAGCAUUUCAAGGGGGAAAGUGGGUGGAAAAUCACAUAUGCUUCAGUGGCAGACCUUUUCUGAAAAACUCAUCAACUGCCUGGCUGCUUUGUGAACUCAAAGGUAUAAAAAGCUGUUAACCUCCCUUCUAGGGAGGUAACCGAAGUUCUAAGAUGUGUUUAGGGCAUUUCCACUGGGGAUGGCUAUAUCAGUUGUGCAAAAUAUUAGCAAAACCUCUUUGGGGAUAACAGAACCUGCCUCCUUUCUUCCAAUAUACUGAAUGAUGGAGCUUCCCAAUUUUAUUUAUUAGGUUGUUAAAAUGUGCCCAAGGAUAAAAGUAGUUUAUUGUAGGCACCAUCAGACAAAAUGGGGAGAAGAGUUGUAUUACUGAGGUUAGCCUUUAUUAUCUUGCUAACACUGCAUAACAGAGUUGUACAAGUAUGAUGAGCAAAGGAUAAUAAAAACAUCAAUGCCCUAUUAACUUUGUAUGCUCCUAUGUAUUAAUAGGAGAUGGAUCUUCUCUACUGAAUGUCCCCAUUGUAAAGAACUCUCAUUACCUUCAAAGAUCAAACACAAAAUAGCUUUAAUAUACUUGCAGCCAUGAAUGUAUUGUAUUAAAAGGUGCCAGUGAAGAAAAACAUGUAUGUAUCAUCUUAACUAUAGGCUGUUAGUCUUAUUAGCUAAAAUAUGAAAUUUAAUCAGUUGCUUUAAUGUGAAUUCUCUGAAAACCGU